UCUGCUGGCGUAGUGUGAAAAUGUUAUCAUGUGGGCUCAAGUAAUAGAUAUUUAAUGAAAUAAAUUUUGCAAUGCGAUUCGUUUGCUAUUGAGGACACAUUAGGGACUAAUAUGCAAAAAUAUUGGCUGGCUACUCUUCUGUAUUUGAAACCGAUUGUCGGAGUCUGACAGAUAUUGCUGGACAUGUACGUCUAUCGAGUAAUGACUGACAGAUGUCAAGGGAAGCGCGUCUUUGAAAGACCGAAAUGAGAAGCGAAUGAAGUGAUUUUUCUGAACAGAAUAUUUGUGCUACACCAUGGCGGGGCUGUUCGGUUAUGGCCGUGAAGCAAUAAGAGUGAAAGUGACGAAAUGUGAAGGAGUCAUGCCCAGGGAACACAGGAAAUUUAGUGUUGAUCCCCAAAUAACAUCAUUUGAAGUACUUCAGAGUAUCUUGGCGAAAGCAUUUGAUAUUAAAGGGGAUUUCACAGUGUGCUACAGAGCAUAUGAUGACUGUGGCGAGGAGACCUAUUUACCUUUGCUUUCUGACUGGGAUCUAGAUGCUGCAUUUAUCAGUGCCUCUGAACCAUGCUUGGUACUUCAAGUGGAUAUGAAACCAUUUGAGGAAAGUUCAGAUGAAUGGGAGACCCCUGGGUCAGCUGACACUAAUCGUGUUGCUCUCUCAGAAACAAAAUUGCAAAACAGGCUACCAGGCAUAAUAAUGAACCAAGUGGAAAGAACAUUUAAUAUGGUGCAACGUGCUUUAAAUUUAGUUGAAGAUCAACAACCAGCAUUCCUGAACACUCCACCAAGGCCCCCAUUGACAGACGCUGAAUUUCGCAAAUUUCUUGACCCAAUAGGGCAGGUUAUCCAGACCCGUGAACUACGUACAGUCAUCUACCUUGGCGGUAUAGAACCAAGCUUGAGGAAAGUUGUGUGGAAGCAUAUAUUAAAUGUUUAUCCAGAAGGAAUGUCUGGGAAGGAGAGAAUGGACUAUAUGAAGAAGAAGUCUUAUGAAUACCAGUCGUUGCGUGAUUGUUGGAAAAACAUGGUGCAGAAUGGACAGGUAACCGAUGAACUGGCUUACGUUACGAGUAUGGUUCGUAAGGAUGUGCUUAGGACUGACCGACAUCACAAAUUUUAUGCUGGUAGUGAUGAUAAUCAGAAUAUUGCCUCAUUAUUUAAUAUACUAACAACAUAUGCUCUGAAUCACCCAACUGUAAGUUACUGCCAAGGAAUGAGUGAUUUGGCAUCACCACUUCUGGUCACUAUGGGAGAUGAAGCACAUGCUUACAUAUGUUUCUGUGCUUUAAUGAGACGAUUACAGUCAAAUUUUAUGCUGGAUGGUGUGACAAUGACUUUAAAAUUUCAACACUUAGCAGAAGGACUGAUGUAUUAUGAUCCUGAAUUUUACGCCUAUCUCAAAAUGCAUCAGGCAGAUGAUCUAUUAUUCUGUUACCGUUGGCUACUUUUGGAGAUGAAGCGUGAAUUUGCAUUUGAUGAUGCUCUUCGAAUGCUGGAGGUAUUAUGGAGUUCCCUCUCACAGAUGCCCCCUGAAAAGGAAUUGCCAUUAUUUGAGAGAAGAUUCUGUGAAAAGUCUCCUGGGGAAUCACCACCACCAAUAAGUCCUCUGCUGAAGACACCUCGAGAAAACGCUUACACCAAAGUGUGUGCUCUUCGACGUCAGAGUUCAGCUGCAUCUCUGCAUACAUUUGGAAAUGGUGUACCUGUCUCCAGAAUAUGGCAUAGACCUGGAUUAGCAGUUCGACAGAACCAGAGUUUGGAUGAAACUGUUAUAGGUCAACGCAACAGCAAAGUUAAGCAUCAGGGUCAAGUGAAACUAUUUGCUAGUCUCGAUGACAGCAAUUUACAGUUAACAAAAGCCAAUAAAUCCCAUUCUACAUCCCCAAAUGAAGCUCUUUCUGAAUCAGAAAAUGAUCAUGUGAACAACAGAAUAAACAACAGACUCUUGGAAAGAACAAAUGAAGUUUUAUCUGGCAGCACGGGAAACUUACUUUCUCCCCAAAUGAAUGAGAAAAAAAGUUACAUAAAUGACAAGAAACAGAAAUUGUUGGGAGAUAAAAUUAUUUUCUCUUCCUUUGAAAAAAUCAACACAAGUCCUUCAAAAGAUGAAAUUGACAGAGCAUCUGGUAAAAGGAUUGUGAAAAAUCUGAAUGAAUUUUUAAGCUUUGCAUCACUUAGCAAAAAUCGGAGUCAUCCAGAAAAAGUUCCUGAUGUUAAACAGUCAAAGUUAGUAUGUCACAGUCUUCAGGAAAUCUCACCAGAAGGUAAAGAAGCUAGAAAUGAUGUACCAAGUAAUGACAUAUCGCACUUUACUACUAGAGAAGUGGAAGAACUUACAGACACUGAUGAAUUGUUGAAACAUGAAGGACUACCAGCUCAGGUAAAUGGCCUAAAUAGUGAUACAUUUUGUGAAAGUAGUUCUCCAGAUGAUUCAACAGAGUACUUCCCAAUGACAACAUCAAUGACACGAGAACUAAGACUAGAACUUGAGAAUUUGGACCGCCAGGUCUUUGGUUCUACUUAUAAUCACUGUGCAUUGAAUUUAGAAGAUUCUGAAGACUUGGAGUCUCCCUGCAGUGAGUCUUUCAGAUCAAUGGAAGCAAAAGUGGGAGGAGAAGAACUCGAUCAAAGAUGUGACUGUGUGGUAUCAAAACAAGAAUCAGAACUUCCAAGUGAUGACACAACUACUGAAGUUGCUGAAAUAUGCAGUAUUCCUGCUACUCCAGCUUUGAAACUGGAUCUUGAUAUUCGUUCAAAAGUCAGUUCUAUAGUAACACCUACAUUGUGUGAAAAUAGAAAAACAGUUGAUAUUGAGUGCGCAAUACAUAAUCUGGACAUUUCUUCAACAAAAAGCCAUCAUUUCUCACAAGCAUGUAGCCCAACAAUGGGAACAGGGGAGGAAAUCUUUGUCUGGGAGAACCCUCUUCAGUGUCCUACCACACCAGAUGAGCAGGCAGACUUGGAAUUUGAUGGUGUGGUUGUUAAUGCAAAUGACUCUGAUAACUGUUUUUCAUCUGUAAGUGCUGGUGAAAUUUUUGAGAAUGAAGGACAGUGUAUUAAAUCAAUAACACCAAUAAGAUUACUACGUAAUAGCUCUAGUCCUUUGAAUUAUCAGAAAAAAGAGGAAACACAAUCGGAUGAUGCAAGUGAUAGUUCAGAUGGUUGGGUAGGUUCUACAAACAGCACAUCUCAUCGCCAGCAGCAAAAAUCAUUGUGUACUGACCUAAGACUUACAGAUAGAGUUUCUGAAUCAGAACGACAAAAUUUGGAAAUAGUUCCAGAAUCCAAAGAAAAGGGAAGUAGGGAAUCAUUCCUGCCUGCAGCUAAUUCAACAACAAAUUCUCUUGCAGAAUCACAGGAACAGUCCAGUCUUACAGCACACAAGAACUCCUCCAAUGCUACAUGUGUUAACAGUUCGUCUGUGCUACCCACUGUAAGCAACUUAACAAAACAAAGUUCUCCAGUCACUAAACAAGCACAAUUUGUUGGAUCACAGUUACCUCCUCCACAUAAAUUUGGUGAUGGUAAUCCGUUCUUAAUGUUUCUCUGUCUCACUGUCCUCCAACAACACCGUGAUUUUAUAAUACGUAGUGCUAUGGACUAUAAUGAAAUGGCCAUGCAUUUUGAUAAAAUGGUAAGAAAACAUAAUGUUACGAGAGUUCUAAACCACGCUAGACAAAUGUAUGCUGCAUAUCUUAGACAGCAAGCUACUCUCAACAAUAAUGCUGAUAGUGGAGUUGAUUUAAAUGUGUAAAAAGAUUAUUGUUAU